AUCAUGGGAGCGACCAAUCCCAAAGGUCAGAAGAAGUACCUUGCUGCUGCAUUCCCUAGUGCUUGUGGGAAAACAAACUUGGCCAUGAUGAAUCCAACAUUACCCGGUUGGAAAGUCGAGUGUGUGGGAGAUGACAUCGCCUGGCUGAAGUUCGAUGAGCAAGGUAAACUAAGAGCAAUCAACCCAGAAAAUGGCUUCUUUGGUGUAGCUCCUGGGACAUCUAUGAAGACAAAUCCAAAUGCAAUGCAAACCAUCAGCAAGAACACCAUCUACACCAAUGUGGGAGAAACCAGCGAUGGGGGUGUUUACUGGGAAGGAAUUGAUGAAACUCUGCCCCCAGGUAUCACAGUGACUUCAUGGAAAAACAAAAAAUGGAGUCCUGAUGAUGGAGAACUGUGUGCACACCCCAACUCCAGGUUCUGUACUCCUGCCAGACAGUGUCCAAUUAUUGACCCAAACUGGGAGUCUGCUGAAGGGGUCCCCAUUGAAGGAAUUAUCUUCGGAGGACGGAGACCAAAAGGUGUCCCUCUGGUUUAUGAAGCUUUUAACUGGCAGCAUGGAGUUUAUAUUGGGGCAUCCAUGAGAUCAGAAGCUACAGCUGCAGCAGAACACAAAGGUAUGUGGAUAACCCCGGGACCUGAUACAGAGUGAAACACCAGGACACAGAAUACACCAACACUGGAGGGAAUACAGACCACAGUAAGACUGAGACCCGGAACACAGUAACACCAGGACACAGAAUACACCGACACUGGAGGGAAUACAGACCACAGUAACACU